AGAAAGAACACACGCGCUCCUCCUCAACGCAAUUCCCUCAGCUUCUUUCUUUCUUUCUUUCAAUCUCUCUUCUUCUACUGCUCUGCUUCGGACAUACAUCGUUUCUCUUCCAUGGCUUCCUGGGUCAGAGGCCGUUGCAUCGGCAGAGGAUCCUUCGGUACCGUCAGCCUCGGCUUCGACAGGCGGACCGGGGAGGUCUUCGCGGUCAAGUCCGUCGACGACGAUUCCUGCCUUCCCCAUCAAAUCGAGUCCUUGGAGAACGAGAUUCGGAUCCUCCGCUCGCUCCCUCCGUCCCCUCACGUGGUUGCCUACCUCGGCGACGACGUCACCGCCGGCGAGGGUCCCGCGAAGACGGCGCGCUGCCGGAACCUGCACAUGGAGUACGUGCCCGGCGGCACCGCCGCUGAGUUGGCGGCCCGCCGCGGGGGCAAGUUCUCCGGCGUGGACGAGGCGAUCGUGAGGUCGCAAGCCCGGUGCGUCGUCUCUGCUCUGCAGCAACUGCACGCCGGAGGCAUUGUUCACUGCGACGUCAAGGGGAGGAAUAUUCUGGUGGGCCAGGAUCCGAGUUCGGCGAAGCUUGCCGAUUUCGGCUCGGCGAUCAGAAUUGGCGAUUCGGGGGCUAGGAUCGCUCCGCGCGGGAGUCCCCUGUGGAUGGCGCCGGAGGUGAUCCGCGGCGAGUGCCAGGGCCCGCCGAGCGACGUCUGGUCUUUGGGUUGCGCCGUCGUGGAGAUGGUAACGGGCCGGCCCCCGUGGGAGGAUCACGGCGUCGAUACAUUAAGUCGGAUAGGGUACUCGAGCGAGAUGCCCGAGUACCCGGCUCAGCUGUCGAAGCUGGGCCGCGACUUCCUCGAGAAUUGCCUGAGGAGAGACCCGGAGGCCCGGUGGAGCUGCGAUCAGCUGCUGCAGCAUCCGUUCUUGCAGAAGGACGCGGUGGCCGACUCGUCCCCGCGGUGCGUGCUCGACUGGGUCAGCUCGGAAUUCGAAGACGAGGAGGACGAGGCAGAGGAAGAGGAAGAAGAUGGGGACGAGGCGGGCCCGAAUUCAAAUUCCAUCUCCGACGAGGACGUGGCCGACGCCAGGGCCAGGAUUGGUAAACUGAGCUCGAGAGCAGGGGGGAAUUGGGAAACGGAGGGUUGGACGGUGGUGAGGUGGAAUAGAGAAUGCGACGGCGAGGAGGAGGAGGAGGAGGAGGAAGAGGCGGGGACGAGCUCGCAACAUGGCCAAGCGUCGGGGGCAGGACGGAGAAACGGGAGCCGAAUUGCGGAAUAUUCAAAUUUUAGCGGCAGGCUUUCGGCGACGGAGGAGGCCCGGUGCAGUAGCUCGGCGUCUGGUGGGGACUGGUCGGAAGAGGAGGACGGCGGCGGCGGCGGCAGCGGCGGUUACUUAGCUGUAGGGGGAAAAGAAACGGGCUUUUACACCUUGCGUGGUGGUGCGGUGGUAUUGUUACUACAUUAUUAUUGCCAUUGUUUGUUGAGAAUCCUGUCGCGGAAUAUACUUUUGCUGUUCUGUUAUUUCACAUUCUCUCGCCUUUUUCUUCUUCGUGGUCGAAUCGAUCGAUGAAAAACCGGUGCGUUCACGGCCA